AUGAAAUUGCUUCUUAUAUCUAAUUUAUUUCUGAUUGUUUAUUGCAUAGACAAAUGCCUAGAGUAUAGAACUUAUUCAGACUGUAUUCUGAGUACUGACAGUCAAUGUUUUUGGAAUUAGGAGUAUUGUGAAUUCAAUAAAAACUUAUAACUUGGAUGUUCAAGGUUUUUAAAUAAAAUGGCAUGUGUAAAAUAGUUAUCCAAUUCUUUAAACGAGAGAGCCAAAUGUAUCUUUAAGAAUGCUUGCUAGCCCGUUAUUGAAUUAUCAGUCUUAACUUGCAAUGAUGCAAUAACGAAACAUGCUUGCUUGGAAAUAACCAAUAUUGAUCAAUUAUGUUAUUGGGAUUCAUUAACAUAUUAAUGUAUGAAAGUGUCGAAAGAGAAUUAUUAGAAUGACUUUUAGGAUGUUCUGUAUAGCGCAUCUGUUUGUAGCAGAAUUGAAAACUACUUGGUAAUUCAUAGUUCUAUAAUUUGGGAUGCUAUGUCUUACACUCCUGACUUUGUAACUGAGUCAGAGGAUAUUUACAAUUAGGAUUUAGGAUUGGGGACACAAGAGAAUAAGCUUUCUUAUGAAACAGGCUAGUUAGUAAAUAAUUACGUUUAUAAUGUUUGUAAUGAACCGAACCAAGUAUCUUAUUUUUAGUGGUAUAUUCUAAAUGACCUACAAGGAAAACAACUUAAAAACUUAAAAAUAAGCGACCGGAAGCGAGAAGGAUGUAUUGCAAUAUAAAUAACGGAUGAUGAUGAUUAUAAUUUAUUAUUUUCAAAUAAGAAGGAAUCUGUGGGAGUGAAUAAAAUUUAUUGCCGAUAUCAAGGAGGAAUCUUUAUCAAUUAUAGAUGCUUCUAUUAUGAUGAUGUAACUAUUCUAACAAAUCCUUCGUUUUUACAAGAAAAUUAAAUAAAUUGUUAUUAAUUAAAUAUUAAGGAAUGCGCAGUGGUUAAUUAAAACUGCUAUCCAAUUAUUAAAGAUGGUUAAAAUGAACAAUUAAUUACAUGUGCUGCCUCUUUAAGUUAAUUGGUAAGUGCUUAAGGAUGUUUAUCAAAUGUUCAAGUGUAUUAAACAUAUAAAGAUUGUAUUUCAGAUGCAAAUCAAACAGUUGGAAUAUAUUUGGAUUUCGAUAUAUCCCCACCAGCCUGUAGCUCGAAAUGUUAUGUACUUGAAUAGAGUAAUUGUGAUCUCAAAUCUUGUAAUUGGACCAAUGAAGGACAAGGAUUUUAUGGAUGUAUUCCUAAGUAUGGUUGUGAUCAUCCAGGAUUGAAUUUAAAUUACUGUAAGACUAUGGCUUAGCUUUGUUAAUGGGAUUCUGUUAAAAAUCGAUGUUAUUAGAUCAAGUAUUACUAGCUUUUCAAUUUAAAAUGUUCGGAAGCCAAUUGUAAAUAUUUAUGUGGAAACAUUAAGACAUUUGGAUAAGAGUGUAUUUGGAUUGAUGAAGAUUUAAAAUGUCUGAAUAUCUUAAGUGUUCCAGAGCUGAAAAAUUUUGAAUCCUUUCCCACAAAAUAUGUUGUGAAUAGAGAACUCUGUAUGAAUUAAAAAGGAAAGCAUAUAUAUAAGAAUUAUAUUUGUACUAUUGAUUCCAGUCCCAUAAGUUGUGAAAGCGAAGACACAGGAAACUUUGGCAAAGAACUCUGUUUGUCAACAUAAAACUGUCAUUGGAAUGUUUAGAUAUAGGCGUGUGAGAAGGCAGUCUUAAAAUCCUUUUGCGAUGAGAUGACUAAUGUUUCUCCUGAUUGCUGUACUUAAUUUAAUGACUGCAUUUAUGAUGUAUCUAAAGCUAGUUGUGUAUCACUAAGUUCUCAAAUCUUUUGUACAACUCCUGGAAUUUCUAAGAGUGCUUGUUUAGCUUUAAACAGUUAAAAUUGUUAAUGGGUUGGAUUCUAAUGUGUUGAAUUAUUUAUAUUUAGAGAACCUUGUUCAUCUUAUAAGUCUGUGACAAAAUCAGUUUGCGUUCUAUAGGAAACCAAUUUAUGUAGAUACAAUAAUGGAAAUUGCGAGUUAGUUGAAACACAACCUGAUGAUUGCUCAAAUUCGCUUAACAAACUAGCUUGCCAGGCAAGUCAAGGUAGUUGUUAUUUUAACAUUAAUUGCUAAACAUUUUACUAACUAGGUCAAUUAUGCGAAGGUUUUUAUCUGAGUCAAUCUGCUUGUAUUGCUCUUGAAACACCUGGAGAAUAAUGUAUUUGGUAGAACAAUUAAUGUAAGUAUAUUACAGAAAAGUUUAAUUGCCUACAAACACUAAAAAUAAAUAAGUGGGGUUGUGUUGGCAUAGCUGCUGAAAUUACAGGCUAUUUGAGUCCAUAGUAUUAUUGUGAAUACAACGCAAUCUCUAAAACUUGUGAUUCUUUAACAACAUCCAUUUUAGGAUGUGAAUCAAAUGGAAAUUUUAAUAUUCAUAGAUGCAGUGCUUAUGCUACUGGUUAAUGUAUAUAUAAGGAUUUGAAAUGCAUUACAGUAGACUUAACUCAUAAAUAUUGGGAUAGCUAACUUGAUAUUAUAGAUUGUGCUCAAGCUAGUUUGCAAAUUUGUACACGUGUCAGAGGAAAAGUUUGCUAGAAGAUCAAUUAAUCUUGGAAUUCCUACUAGGAUGUGCGAUGCGGUGAAGUUAAAACAUCUAUUAUUCCGUGUGGACGUAUUGAUUUCGAUUACAUCCUUAGUUAUGAUGCUUAUCGGAUUUAAGAGGCUUAAGGUUAAUUUAAUCCUUAAGUUUGUGCAUAACUUCAAGGUUUUAAUCUUGUCCCAUGCCUUUAUGAUAAAGCUACAUAUAAAUGCACUUAAGUAACAACGACCAAUCGUUACGCCUGCAAUGCUUUGGGAAUAAAUAAAUGGAUAUGUAUGAGCUAAUCAUAUGGUUAAUGCGCAUUUGUUAAUUAUGUCUGCGUGGAUGCCACGUUAAGAAAUGAAGAGUGCUAAAAUUUAAAUAAAUGGGCUUGCCUAAAUUCAAGUCGUAAUUGCGUCUAAUAGUACACCAGAUAAGAUGAUCUUUGUAAAGACAGAAGCGUCGAUUUGACCAAACCAUGUGCUGCUUAAGAUUAUUAAGGUUGUUCAUUGAUAGAUAAUUGCUAUGCUAAUCAAUUUAGUUGCUAUAGCAUAUCGGCUUCUUAAGUUUCACCUACAAGUUGUAAUAGUCCAUAAAUUGGUAAAGCAGUAUGUUAUCAAUCUAACAUGUAUUGUUAAUUCUUUAACUCAAAGUGCUAAGUAAUUUCAAAAGAUUUGUGUGAAUACUAAUUAACAUCAGAAUAAUGUGCUAAUAAUUUAUAUUAUAACUGUGUGUUUAUCAAUAAUAAAUGCUACACACAAAAUAAAUUCAUUAAAUGUGAUGUUUACGAAUCAACAAAUUAUAAAUUUUGUAGAUAGUUCCCAAAUUGUAAGUACAAUUUUAAUUCACUGAACUGUGUUGAUUUAACAUUGCAUAAAGGUAUCUAGAAUAAUCUAAUUAAAUAUGGCACAAUAGAUUGUAGUACAUUUUUAAACUAGUUUGAUUGUUUAAGUUAAUGGAAGGUGAUAUGUACAUAUACUUAAGCACAAGGAUGCAAAAAUACAAGUGAUAAUCCUAGUUAAUGUCCACAUUUAAUGUAAUAUAGUAAGAUGAUGUGUUAGAAAUACGAAAAUUGCGAUUUCUAGUUUGGAUAUUUUUGUGUUGAUACAACAUAGACUUUAAGUUGUUCUUAAUUAUCAAAUUCAUUAUGUUUAUCUGAUAUUUCAGAUACUUUGGCUUGUUAUUGGGAUGGCACCAAUUGCCAAGAUGUAACAACUUAAGUUUGUUCAGAUGUUUAAUCUUAUUUAAUCAAUUAUUCUGGAUGUUCCAAAAUAUUUAAUUAGGAUAAUAAGAAGUGCAUGUAUUAAUUUUCAACUCAAAAGUGUAAAAUCUUAAAAGAAAUUAAUGAUUGUUCUGAUUUUACUACUAAUAUUGAAUGCGCAAUUAGAGCCACUACCUCCUGUUUAUUAGGAAAUCCUAAUGCUUAAACUACAAGUUGUAGUACUUCUAGUACUUUUAAUGUUAAUCUAAAUUUAUAUGGAUGCACAUAAUUAACAGGAAAUCCUUAUUAUUAUGAUAUCUAUAAUUAUAAAUGUGAUUAACUUACAGUUGCAAACUAUGUCAAUGUUUAAGGAUGCCAGUAUUUAAAUAAAAAAAGUUGCAUUGAAAUAACAAGUGAAAUUUUAACUAUCAAUUGUGGAUGGAUUGAUAAUCAAUGUUAACAAUUGAUUGAUCUCACUAAAUUGAAUAAUUGCACUCUUUUAAAUAAAUACGCUUGCAUUAAUAUAGAAAAUUCAAAUCUUGUCUGUUAAUGGGAUAUAGUAACACUAUCUUGUUAGCAAUCAAAUAAAACCCCUUGUUUUGUUCCUGCAUCAAUUCCAUCUAAUCCUACAAUUUUAUACUCAUUAAGCUUAUGUAGUAAGGGAGAUAAUACAAAUGCAUGUAUGGCAAAUUCAUCAAAUACAGGAUGUGUUACAUUCACUUAUACAAUUGAACUUUGUGAAAAUAUGGGAUUGAACAAAAAGGCUUGUGUUGAAUAGACUACUGGAUAUUGCAAAUGGUCUAAUAAUUAGUGUUCAAAUUCUUAAUUAGACAAUUUAAAUUGUAAUACAGAUGUCAAUAAAAAUACUUGUUUAGCUAUUAAUGAUAAUUUAUGUGAUUGGAAUGAUACAACUAAAAUAUGUUCUACUAAAACAUUAACCAAUUGUACUGAUGCAAUCAAUUACAAUUAGUGUAUGAAUGUACCAAAUAAGUUUUGUUAAUAUCUCAAUGAUAGGUGUAGUUAGCUUGACAAAGUUUCACAAGCUUGUAAAUUUGGAUAUAAUAAGUAUGCUUGUAAAAACGUUGAAGGUGUAACAUGUUAAUUUUAAGAUCUUAAGUGCACUGUCCUAUUCUAGAUUGAUUCUUGGCAAAGAUGCUCAAAAUACGUAGAUCAACUCCUUUGUGAAUCUAACCAUUGUGAAUGGCAAGAUUCAAAAUGUAUUUCACUAACAAUAUGUAAUAAUGUUACUCCAGAAAUAAAGGUUGAUUAUUUACCAUAUAAGUUGAAUCCCUGUGUUAAUUAUUUACCUCAAGCAUGCAUUUAAAUUUAUAAUAAAUACGGAUGCUUAAGUUCCAGCCUAUAUUGUUAAUGGGAUGAUAACUUAGGAUGCUCUUCAUAUACUACAUAUUUAUCAGAAAUUUAAUGCCUAGAAACAUUGAAAGUUAAUAGGAAUGUAUGUGAUAAAUACGCUCCUAAGUUUUGUGAAUUCAAAACGGAUAGUUGUUCACCUCGCAUCACUGAUUAUUAUUUUAUUAUAAAUCCCUCUUAAACAUUAGCAAGUACUGAAAUAAGCCAUCAAAUUGAGACUCAAACUUGCGAUUCCUAUGGUACAAAGUAAGAUUGCAUUUUAUCAACUGCAUAUGAAUGCUAUUGGAAUGGUUCCUGCAUAUAAAUAACUAAUGAAACUUCUUUGGAUGCUCAAAGUUUAAACAUAAAUGGUUGUAAUAAGUUUAAUUUACAAUGGAGAGACAGACAAUGCUUUAAAUUCACUUCUAUUUAAAAUUUUAAUGAAUUUUUGGACAAAGAAAUAACAUAAUGCGAAACUAAAUUGAUCUCAAAAUAAACAUGUUUAAAUAUAACAGCUUAACCUUGUUAAUUUGACAAUGCUACUUUAACUUGCAAGAGAGUGCCUUAUUUAAAUUAUUCAUGCUCCUCCUAUACAAAUGUAAACAGAAGAACUUGCUAAUUAUUGACAAAAUACGCCUGCGAUUUUAAUGAGGUUGUAAAUUCUUGUGUCACUGCCCAAACUAUUGUGACUGUUUAUGGGGGACUUUCUAAAUCAGCUUGUCUAUCGCUUUCAACUGCAGCAUAUUGGGAUGAUUAAUGCAUUCCUGUAACAAUUUUUGAAUGCGAUCAAAAAUAUUAGAGUUCUUCAGCUGCUUGUGUUUUAUCAUUAACACCCUGUAUUUAUGAUGACAAAAAAUAAUCUUGCAUUUCUUAAUAUAAUUUAAAUGCUGUCUUCUGUGAUACUCCAGGAGUGAGUCUUGAAACCUGUACGUAAAUAAUCAGGGAACCUUGCAUAUUCAAGUAAAAUAAAUGUUAGAGAAUACCUUCAUCUUACUCCUGCGACUAAGCACAAUUAGUUAAUGAAAUGGCAUGCGCUUCACUCAAUUAAGCAUGUUCUUAUGACUAAUUGAUAAGACAGUGUUAAGUAGUGUCAAAUAGCUAAAAAUGUUCUACAUUAGGACUUUCAAAAAAUGCAUGUUUGUAUAAUCCAUCCUGUAAAUUUAAUAAUGAUUUGUUGAAAUGCGAAUGCUCACUUGUCGUAUCCCCUUAAUUUUGCAGUGAUCUCUCAAAGGAAAAUUGCUAAUAAAAUACAAAAUGCUACUUUGAUUAAAAAUUGAAGACUUGUAGAAGAAGGUAUUGUGAAGAUCUUAUUAAAUCUGAAUGUUUUGGCUCCUUAAAUAAUUAUACAUGCUAUUAUACUGGAUAUUCUUGUUAAUCAGCAGGAAAAUGUGAAGAUAUCUUUAAUUUUAGUAAUUCUUAAUGUGAAAAUGUAAUUUUUAAUGGAUAACCUUGUGUAGGAACAAACAAUAGAUGUUUCACUUACAACAAUUAUCUGGAAUACUGUUAAAAUUCAGAUUGUCAAAAUAGCUUUUGUAGUUAUAAUGAAGAGAAUAUUUGUUAAGUUAAAAAGUGUUCAGAGUUAAGUAAUUGCCAUCAAUUAGGUAAUUAUUGCAAGACUUUAUCGAAUGGAACUUGCGUCGAAAACUAAAGUUGCUAGUAAUUAGAUUCUGAGAUUUGCGAUGGAUAAACUAUACGUACAAUGGACACAUGCUCCCUUUAAAAGUACAAUAUUUAUUUAAAUGAUGUUUUAUGUACAUCCUAAGUAUGUGCUUUAUAUGGAAUAUCAGAAUUAUGUGAUGGGAAUUAAUACGGGAAUUAUGCAUGUGCAUUGAUUGACCAAAAAUGCUAACCUUGCGAAUAAAUAAAAGAUGCUUGUCAAUGUAACGAGAAAGUUGAAAUAUGUGUGUGGGAUGACAAUACUUGUCGUUCUUUUUUAUGUAAUGAAUUGGGACAGAAAGAAUAAUGUAAUGCUAUCAAUAGAUGUCUUUGGAGUACUCUUAAUAAUUAAUGCUUGAUUCAUUGUAGCAAAAUUAUAGAUGCAGAUGAAUGCAAUUCCAGAACCAAUGAAUGCUAUUACGAUGAGGCAAUUAAUUUAUGCCAAACAGGAACUUUUAAUCCUCCAAGUCUUAGCAUUACCAUAGAAAUAUCAACAACGUAUUAAAUGGUCUUGUUGAUGAUUCCAACAUUCUUUAUUGCUGUAUUUUGAUUAAUAUGAAUUAUUAAGUUAAGUUAAUUAUUUUGC